AGAACAUUUAUUCCUGUACAAAAAGCUUCCGACUUUGGCUCAAAGUUUUCAUCUUUGUGACAAAAUGUCUCAAGUCCUGUCAAAUUUAGGCCUUUCCUUGCCUUCACCAUCGAAAUCGAGCUGUAAUUCCCUGGUAAACCUGAAGAAUUCUGGCAGCUUCAGCAUCAAAGCCAUGGCGCCAGAUGGCAGAGAUAAUCUUGACCAUUUGCAGAGAGUCAAUCGCAACAAGCAGCAGCAGUCCAGAAGGAAAGUUGCUCCUCCUUCUGCUCCUGCAGGGCUAUGGGACAGAUUCCCAACGGCGAAAACAGUGCAACAGAUGAUGGAGACAAUGGAGAGGCUAGUUGAAGACCCGGUUCUGUUAGCCUACUCGCCACCACCAGAACUGUUAAUGGAGGAUAUGAGAGGAGGUUACAGCAGGGGGAGAACUCCAUGGGAGAUGAGAGAAGGCGAGAGCGACUACAAAAUGAGGUUCGACAUGCCUGGAAUGACCAAGUCGGAUGUCAGAGUUUGGGUUGAGGACAAGAUGUUGGUUGUCAGGGCUAAGAAAUCGGCAGCAGCCGGUAAGGAUGGAGAAGUAGAGGGAGACAAAGGUGAUGAUUGGUCUGCUAAGAGCUAUGGAAGGUAUAGCAGUAGGAUUGCUCUGCCUGAGAAUGUUGAGUUUGAGAAGAUUAAGGCUGAGGUUAAGGAUGGGGUGUUGUAUAUAAGUAUCCCCAAGGCUGGUUUGAGCUCCAAGGUUCUUGAUAUUCAUGUUGAGUGAUUUUUUUUUGUUUUUGUUUUUGUUUGUGACGGAUGAUUUGUAGAAAGAAGGGUUGUUGAAGUGUAAUUAAGGUUUUUUGACCCACAAUGUCUUACUCCAGCCUCCAGUCUAUAUUUACAUAGUAUAUAUGGUUCGGUCUGGGCCAAACGAUUUUGUUUAAUAGUAAAUCAAUGUUUUGUUAAAGUCAUUGAGAUUUCCUUAAUGAAUCUUUUUCAUAAAA